AUGGCUGCAAUGAAUUCCCCCGACACAAUUUAUGUUGGGGUGCUGGUAACAUCAACAAUUGCUGGUAGAACGUAUGUCAUUGUGGAUUGUUGCUUCUUGCAGAUGGGGGGCGCCUCAUUCAUGCAGACAGGCAGCCCAAAGCCAUCCUGUCACUCACCGACCUGGAGGAAAGCUGCGGAAGUCAGACAAGUCAACAACGUUAAGCCGCCCUCCAUGAACUCUCCAGGCGGACCAGACGUAGCAGAGCUCAAUCACGAUGGAAAUAAUAAUGGCGCACUCGAAGCGACAGCGCCGCAGGAGCAUAUCGAGUCCAAUGUCUCCCAGCCUUCCCACAAGGGCUUCCGGUUCUGGGCGAUCAUGGUCGCACUCUGCAUUACAGGCCUGCUGGGAGCACUUGAGAACACCGUCGUUGCGACCUCGUUGCCGACUAUUGUCCGGGAGCUCGACAUCGGCGACAACUACGUCUGGAUCACGAACAUCUUCUUCCUCACCAGCGGCAUCUGCGGUGGUGCCAACAAUGGCACGACACUCAUCGUGGCACGGGCUAUUCAGGGCAUUGGCAGCGGCGGUGUCAACAUGAUCGUGGACGUCAUCAUCUCGGACCUGGUGCCCCUGCGUGAGCGCGGCAACUACAUCGCCAUCGUGCUGAUCGUGUACUCGAUAGGCACGUCGCUGGGGCCCUUUGUGGGCGGCGCCAUCGUCCAGCACAGCACGUGGCGCUGGGUGUUCUACAUCAACCUCCCGGUAGGCGGCGAUACGCUCGUGCUGCUGUUCCUGCUCCUGCGGGUCAAGUCCAACAAGAUGACGUUGCUGCGGAAGGUCAGGCGGAUUGACUUCAUCGGAAACGCGGUCAUCAUGGCCUCUAGCGUGUCUGUUCUGUAUGCCCUGACAUACGGAGGCUCACGCUACCCCUGGUCAGAUGCGCGCACCAUUGUUCCCUUGAUGCUUGGCCUGGUGGGAAUCGCGCUGUUCAUGGCCAUCGAGGGCUCGCCCUGGAUUCGCGAGCCCGUGACCCCGCCGCGGCUCUUCGCGCACAAGAUGGGCGCAAUCGUCGCCAUCAACACCUUGAUGAAUUCUAUCCUCCUGUACUGGGUCAUGUUCUUCCUACCCAUCUACUUCCAGGGGGUCCUACAGUCCAGCCCUGCCCGUUCCGGCGUGCAGAUGCUGCCGAUCGUGCUGGUGGCCGUGCCGGGCGCAGUCGUAACCGUCAUCGUGCUCUCCAAGUUCGGCCGCUACAAACAUCUGCACCUGGUGGGCUUCGCCAUCGUGACCAUCGGGCUGGGCCUGUUCAGCCUCCUAGAGACCUCGACUGCGGAAUGGGUCAUCUUCCAGAUGUUCGCGGCCGCUGGCUCCGGCAUGAUCCUCAACACGCUGCUGCCCGCCUUCCAGGCCGGCCUGCCUGAGAGCGACCAGGCCUCGGCCACAGCCAGCUGGGCUUUCAUCCGCAGCUUUGGCAACGUGUGGAGUGUCGCGAUUCCGGCGGCCAUCUUCAACAACCGCUUCGAUGACUUGUCGUCCCGCAUCUCGGACGGCGCCGUCCGGGCAGUGCUGUCAGGCGACCAGGCCUACGAACACGCGACGGCCGCCUUCCUGGCCACCCUUUCGGACGCGGUGUGCACGCUAGUCAUCAGCAUCUUCGUGGAUGCCCUCCAGAGGGUGUGGUAUAUCUCCGUCAUGUUCUCCAGCGUGGCCUUUAUACUAGCCUUGUUCGAGAAGGAGAUCCCGCUGCGCACGGAGCUGGACACGGAGUUUGGCAUGGAGGAGACGAAGGACAAGACGGGGGAUGCCCCCUCGAAGGACGUGGAAAAAGCGUCCAGCUCGAGCUCCGGGCUCCAGCAAAACCAGACCGUCGAACGGGUCGUGUGGGAUUGA